UAUUUAUUUUCUGUAAUUUUCGCUUCCGCUUCUUUCCAUGGAAGAAAAUUCCAAUAUGAAUUAAUUAAAUUAAUUAACCCACUAUUAAUAUAAAAGAGUGAAAGCGUUGUGGAUUUUUUCCCCUUUGUUUAAGUUUUAAUUUGCUCUAAUUUUGAUAUGGGCAGCACCUUCUUCUCUAUACCAAUAAAGCGAACCAUGCCCGACCCGACCCAUUCUGCUAACGGACCCUCCAAGCGUUCCAAGCCUCCGUCUACUACUCUCUACAUCCCUCCCGGCCAGGUGGCCUUCCGUCUCCUUUGUCACGUGUCGCGUGUCGGGGGCAUCAUCGGCAAGUCGGGCAGCGUCAUCAAGCAACUGCAACAGGCUACGGGUACCAAGAUCCGAAUCGAGGAUGCCCCGGCCGAAUGCCCCGACCGGGUUAUUACCAUCAUAGGUCCUAAUGCUGUUAAUACCAAGGUUGUGCUUGACCUUGGCGGCGACGGUGAGGGUGGUAGUAGAGUUGAGGAAAUCGAGGUGUCCAAGGCGCAGGAGGCGCUGGUGAAGGUAUUCGAGAGGAUUCUGGAGGUGGCGGCUGAGAGCAAUGGGGCAACCUUGGGGAUGGUUUCUUGUCGGUUGUUGGCAGAGGUUAAGCAAGCUGGGGGUGUGAUUGGGAAAGGUGGUAAAGUAGUGGAGAAGAUAAGGGAAGAAACUGGGACCAAAAUUAGGGUUUUGACGGAUAAUCUACCGGCUUGUGCUAGCCUUAAGGAGGAGAUUGUGGAGAUUGAAGGAGCUGUUUUAGCUGUAAAAAAGGCGCUUGUUGCUGUCUCACACCGCCUCCAAGACUGUCCUUCCGUCAGUAAAACAAGGGCAAUUGAAAACAGAAGCAUUGAACCAAUUCUAACAGAGACUUUGCACAGACCUAUUGACUUACUUCCCCGAGAGAGUUUGCGCAGGGCUAUUGAGGUAUAUCCUCAGGAGACUUCGCACAAACACAUAGAGGUGGUUCCUCAGGACCCAUUCCGCAGACCUAUUGACGUUAUACCUCAGGAAUCAUUUCAUAGACACAUUGAGGCUGGUUCACAUGAGGCUUUACCUGAUUUGCAUGUAGAUCAUCUUUCACAGCGUAGUUCCAUGGUACCUAGUAUACCCAGUGACUCUACCAGUUAUGCCACCAAAAUUCAUCCUUUGUCUCUGAAGCCCGAGAAGGCUCCUCCUUUGGAUACUAGAACAUUUCAGCAGGAAGUGGUUUUCAAAAUUCUUUGCUUCAGUGAUAGGGUUGGUUGUGUUAUUGGAAAGGGAGGUGCAACUAUUAAGGCCCUUCAAAGUGAUACUGGAGCUACCGUUACCAUUGGAGCUGCAAUCACUGAUUGUGAUGAACGGUUGGUUACUGUUACUGCAUCAGAGAAUCCAGAAUCACAGUAUUCUCCAGCACAAAAGGCUGUUGUCCUUGUUUUUGUAAAAGUUUUUGAGGCUUCUAUUGAAAAGGGUCUAGAUUCAGGCGCAGGUAAGGGUUCAAAUGUCACUGCCCGGCUCGUAGUUCCUUCAACCCAAGUUGGCUGUCUGUUGGGAAAAGGAGGGGCCGUAAUAUCUGAAAUGCGCAAAGCAACUUCUACCAGCAUACGGAUUUUAGGGAAGGACCAGGUCCCUAAGUGUGUCAGUGAAAAUGAUCAAGUGGUACAGAUUUCAGGAGGGUAUUCGAAUGUAAAAGAUGCUAUAUAUCAUGUGACUGGUACAUUGAGAGAUAACCAUUUUUCUACCUCUAUGAGAACUGUGGGAGCAAAAAGCAGUUCCUCAGUUUUAACAGAGACCAGUCCUUAUGAAAGAUUUUUGGAUAAUUCCCCUCUUGAGUUGCAAGCAUCAAGUGGAGUUUCUCACAGUCUUGGUUGGCAUACUUCUUUGGCAAUGAGUAAUACGGAUUCCUUUGGACUUUCUUAUAGCUUAGAUCGGCCUCGUUCACCAGGAUUGUGGACAUCAGAGAUGGCUACUGGAUUGAAUCCAAGGAGCAUCAUAGACAGUGGAAGAGGACUGACUUCUUUUAGAGGUGGAUUAGAACUUGGCAGUGGAAACAAAUCUGCUGUUGUGACAAAUACAACUGUAGAGAUUAGAGUUCCUGAGAAUGUUAUUGACUCUGUUUAUGGGGAGAAUGGUCGCAAUCUAGCUCGCUUAAGAGAGAGAAUAUGGUCUUCUACACUAUCCGUCAAUGAUGGUCACCUGGAGAUUAACAGAACAAUAUUUGGGCAUAAAUACUUCCCAUAAGAUUUUCAAAGCAUAUAUUCUUGAAUUUAGAGAAAAAAAAAUGGUAGAUGGUCAAAGAACGAAAGCAGUUGGUAUGUUACAUGAACUACCAAAAUAUGUAUGUUUCACUGAUUUUGAAGAAUGGAUUGUUUGAAACAAAAAUUGUCAAUUGAUCCUACAAUAGCAAACGAGGAAGUGUCUUGAGAUCGAACUACCCCUUCUCAGAGAAUCCGACCAGAUAAUGAUAUUUGUAAAAUAAGCUUAACACACUUGUUAGUUUGACUCCAUGUUGUUCGGACUUUUAAUUUUUCUUGAAGUACCCCCCGUACCUAA